AUGUCUCUUGUUGAAAGUCAGAAGGGUAUGACGGAUCUGAUACCCUGUAAUGAGCAGUGCGGUGGGGAUUAUGGCAACUACUCCUUUGGUCAAGGGGAUUUGGAUGUUACUGUUACAGUUCCGCUUCCGGAAAAUACGACCAAAAAAAUGCUUUUGGUGCAAAUUACAGCUUCCAAGCUAAUUGUGGGUUUAAGAGGCAAGCCACCUAUUAUUUCUGGAGAUUUUUACAGACCUGUCAAGGCUAGUGAAUGCACAUGGUGUAUUGAGGACAAAAGGCUUCUGGUGAUUAAUAUGGUGAAAACAAAUUCUCAGCACGAGGAAUGGUGGCCUUGCGUUGUGGUUGGUGAACGUCAAAUAGACAUGAAAACCCUCAAACCGCCAAGCAAGCACGUUUCCGAACUAGAUGAAAGUGCCCAGGCAACUAUUGCGAAAAUGAUGUUUGACCAGCGACAGAAAAUGCAAAACCUUCCAACUAGUGAAGAAAUGCGGUUGCAGGAGAUGAUGCGAGCUGCUCAGGGGGCAAAGUAG